AUGAUUUCAGUUAAUGCUUCCGCUUCUUCUAUAUCUGCCAAUGUUAAUUCGAUUCCUAUACUGAAUGGAAAUAACUUUAAGUACUGGAAAGAAAAUAUUCUGAUUAUCCUCGGUUGUAUGGAUCUAGACCUUGCGCUUCGGAUUGAUCGUCCCACUAUUAUAGAUGAGGGAAUUCCAAAAACAUUUCGGGGUGAUAUCUCUGAAGUUACUGAUGCUAAGGAAUUCAUUGAGGAAAUUGAGAAACGUUUUGCAAAAACCGAUAAGGCUGAAACUAGCACGCUUCUAGCGAGCUUAACCUCAAUGAAAUAUAAAUGA